GCGACUUCCACGGCGCCCCUCCCCUCCUCGGCCUCCUCCACCGCCGCAUGGUGAUCCAAGGCGACCCGCCUGCUCGAUUCUCCUCUACCACGUCGAUGCCGGAAUUCCCCCACCCUGGCUCCGACGGCCGCCGCCGCACGCGCCCCCUCGACUGCCGCCACGGCCGCGUGCUCAUCCACAUGUUGCCGGGUUUCCUCGUCUGGGACCCCAUCACGGGCGAGCGACAUUGCCUGCCACCCGAGCCCAAGGAAAUCGAAUGGCUCAUCUACUCCGCCGCGGUGCUCUGCGCCGCCGAGGGCUGCGACCACCUCGACUGCCACGGCGGCCCCUUCCGCGUCGUCUUGGCGGGCACCCAUGACCACACGGAGAUCAUAGUUGCCAGCGUCUACUCAUCAGAGACGGGUGCGUGGAGCGUGCCGGUAUGCCUUGACAACACUUGUGAAACCUAUGCCCAGCACGUGCUGCAAGCGGUGCGUGAAAGAUACUACUACAUACCCUAUCUCCAGCCUAGGCGAGCCGCCGUUGUGGGAGAUGCAGUCUACUUCACAGUUCGACGGGAUAAUGCAAUCGUCAAGUAUGACUUGGGCAAGGAUCGCUUAUCCAUGAUUGACCCACCGACACCAGACGUGUACUACAUCACCCUCAUGGCCAUGGAGGACAACACUUCACUGGGCUUUGCCUGCAUUCAGGAUUCCACCCUUUAUACGUGGUCAAGGAAGGUGGAUACACAAGAAGCUGCAGAAUGGGUACAAUACAUGGUCAUCCAGCUGGAGAAGACAAUUCCUGUUGCCAAUCCCAACAACGAAUCAAUCGUGGUUGGCUUUGCCAAUCCCAACAACGAAUCAAUCGUGGUCGGCUUUGCAGAGGGUGUGGGUGUCAUCUUCGUUAGCUCAGGUGUUGGCUUAUUCACGAUCAAGCUCAAAUCUGGGCAGGCUAAGAAGGUUGAUGAGCCUGGAGAAUACUUUAGCGUACUGCCCUACAUGAGCUUCUACCUUCCAGGCAAUGGUGGUGGACAUGAUGCAACUGAUCUUCCGCACAAUACUUAAGAGGAUUGUCCAGUUAGAUAUGCCGUCACGAUUUACUUGUUGAGCAGGUACCUAUUGUUACAUUCUGGUGGUAUUGAGAUGCAGAAAUGGGCUGUUGGGUGUAGUUUCUUCCAUUUGUAUGCUUGACGCGGAGAUCAACCCUUUAUGUAUCAUGCACCAGUCAGCUGUGAAGUAACACUUGUAGGAAUUAAUUGCUUAAUUUGUUAAUGACUGUUAUCUAAUUUUCUUUGGCAUCCUUCAACUGGCAUGAAGGUUGACUGCAAAUUGACUCGCUUCGAUGAAUUAUCACUACCUUGUGGUGGGCUCACUGUGAA